AUGGCCGUUGCUGGUGUCAACGUCUGGAUCCUCCUAGGUUUCGUCCUCAUCUCCUACGGCACGGCUCCCUAUGUAGCCUAUGCCUGGACCAAUGACCAGCUCCUGGUUUGCCUCUAUGUCCUCUUUGCAAUGAUGCUUGUUGAGCAUCGAGCUACGCUUAUGCAAAGCCGAAGCAACCUGCAGCAGUCGGGCUACAAGGCUCUGAUUUCGGCGGAUGAUCCUGCAUCUGCUCAUGCUUCGAGAGGUCCUGUUGAUCCACUGUCUUCUCGCUUCACUGCGGAUACGCUGUCACGCGCUGGUGGCAACAACUCUGAUGCAGAGGACGGCGCAACGCCACUGCCGCCAGAAGGUGAGGACAUGGCAUUCCUGAAUGGUCUGUGGAACAGACUACGCGAGCAGAGAUCCACGGGGCCCAUCAGCUCCAUUUUUGCUCGCCUGACGAACGGACAGCGGUCAGUGGCCAGUACUAGCUCUGGCCCUCGCCACCGCUUCUCUGCCGACAAGGUGCAGCAACCUGGCGCGGCAGUGCACGAGGCGCCAUACUUCGCGGAGCGCGAGAUGGAGUUCCUCAUGCAAGAUCUGGAAUCUGGGACGGGCUCCCAAGGCCUGGAGCGUCGUCCCAUGUUGCUGAAGUCGCAGACCAACGAGAGCUUGGGAAGCUUGCCUUUCCCUGGGUCGCCGGCCGGAGGAGGAUCUUCUCCUCUGGGCAGGUUCCCCAACUCGCCUGCCGGCAGCAUCACUGGCGCCUCGCGACAGUACUUCAAGGCUGUCAAGCUCGGAGGCUUCCAAAAUCCUCACCUCAAUGUUCUCUUCGUGGAGCGCCCUGCUCGCGAAUUCCAAGUGAAUGAACGCGAGACCUAUUGGCCUGCGAGUGGAUACUACUUCAUCUACCGCAGCAGAAGCACCAACACAUGGGGCAUUGCAAAGGCCAAGCGAUUUGAGGCCGUGAAGGAGUCGAAAAGCAACGGGGUUGCGCACAGCCCCGAAGGGUUUGAGUUGUGGCUGGAGGCCAAUGAGAGACAACCUGCCCAACGGAAGAACUGGCGGGAGUGGGACCUGCAGUUGGGCAAGUGGGUGUCUCGGUCAGAGGCGGGGGUCAUCAGCCGCGGAAAGGUUCGCCCGAAAGUCGGCAACUCCACAUCCAAGGUGGAGGUUGAAGUGCAGAUUACUGCCGAGGAACGCUUGGAGGUGAUGCAGGUUCGGGAGGCAGCGGUGCAGACCAUAGCGCGGGUGCAUCAGAAGCCAGCGGACAGCCACGGGCACGAUGCUUCUAUUGCCUUGAGUUCGUUUGCGCUUGGCCCCUCCUCGCAGCAUUCAUCCCCUCAGGGGAAGAGCCACCACAAAGCAGGUGGUGAGCACCCUUACCGCGGCGGCAGCACCGAUACCCUCCUUGGCCUUGCCACAGAGUCACAGGGGGUCAGGCGGCCUUCCGUUAGGCUGGAUUCCCCAUCUCCACCUACGAGCACUGAGCGCCGACCCCGGUCUGCGAGCGCUUCUCGCUGA